AUGGAACCUGCCAUCGAGAAACUGCUCGUGACCCUUGUUGAUGGGCGCGCGGAGGGCAUUCGGUUCCGCCAAGACAACCUCAUCAGUCUUCAUGAGGAAUUACGCAAGGAGUCCGCAGCGCUGUGCGCUGCCGAAGAAAAGGACUCGGGCGCGUCAAAGACGGAAGUCGAGGUUGAGCAUUUUCUAUCAAUGGAGGCCGUUCGCCACUUCUAUGAGUCUCUUGACUUUGGGAAGGAGCUCGAUACCGAGUAUCUAGUAGCUCAUGGCAAGGACAACACCACUAGACGAACCGGUGCUGGGCUGGUCAUCAUUAGGCCAACAACUUACACUCGGCUGUUCUCUAUUCUGAGCCCUCUUGCUGCGGCUAUAGCUGCAGGCUCUGUGGUUGCGCUUGAGAGCGAGCAGCUCGAAGAUACUCUGCUGCAGCUUGACUCGAUUCUCCGCAGCGUUCUCCCUCGAGCUCUGAAUCAGAAUGCUUUCUGCAUUACAAAGAAAAUUACGGAUCAAUCGCUUCUCGACUCAGCAAUCCUCGUGGAUCAAACAGGCGUUGCACCCAGCGCAAGCCAUGUUAAUCACUUUGUUUCCUCCAACACUGCCCGUGCCAUUGCCAUCGUCGACCGUACCGCCGACAUUGAAGCCGCAGCAGGGGCCAUCACAGCCGCACGUUUCGGCUUUGGGGGACAGUCACCGUAUGCGCCAGAUCUCGUUCUAGUCAAUGAGUACGUGAAGAAGGAGUUCUUCGAAGCAUGCUCAAAGCACGCUUCCCUUGCCUUCGCGCGGGAGACGACCGUUCGACGCGCAAGUGACAACAAAAGCGACGAGACGAGGGCGGCCGUACAGGAGGCUGAGGAGAAGCGGCUGGUCUCCAGCUUUGGAUCGAAGGACUUCAAGUUGGUUGACAUCAAGGACAAAAAGCCUCUCUUGGCGGGCUACUUCUUCGCCAGUCCUGACGCGGCAAAGUACCUCUCACAACACCUUCCCUCGCACAUUUCUUUUGUCAACCAGAUCCCCUCCAGCCUUCUCCUGGGGCCUGCGGCAUCCACCUCGCACGAUGCGGCCUUCGAGUUCCGUUACAGCAAGGAAAUGUUUUCCGUGUCCCGGCCACAAUUCAUUGAGCAGCCUUCCGGCGCACUGGCAAAGGUCGACCAGCUCCUCUCUGGCGCCGGCGGCAUCACGACACAAAGCCUGCGAGCUUUGGCGACUGCCCCCCUGAAGCCCACGAACCAGCCUGGAAACAGCAGGUUGGGAUUCUUCGAGCAAGGGUUCGUAGUUGGUGCCAGCCUGAUCAUGAGCAUUGUGCUCCCCAGUCUGGCGUAUGGAACAUGGAUCGGUGGACGUAGAGUGUUUGACUACGCAUUGAAGCUCAGGUCUUAG